AUGGUGAGCCCGACAACUUCCGAAGUGCACCCCACCAUGGGGGUCAAGAUCUUUUCAGCUGGCAUAUCCGCCUGCCUUGCAGAUAUCAUCACCUUCCCACUGGACACAGCCAAAGUCCGGCUUCAGAUCCAAGGUGAAGGCCAGACCUCCACUACCAUUAGGUAUAAAGGUGUCCUGGGAACCAUCACCACCCUGGCAAAAACAGAAGGGUGGCCGAAACUGUACAGUGGUCUGCCUGCUGGCAUUCAGAGGCAAAUCAGCUUCGCCUCACUCAGGAUCGGUCUCUAUGAUACUGUCCAAGAGUACUUCUCUUCAGGGAAAGAAACGCCUCCCACUUUGGGAAACAGGAUCUCAGCUGGCUUAUUGACUGGAGGUGUGGCAGUAUUCAUCGGACAACCUACUGAGGUCGUGAAAGUCAGACUCCAAGCACAGAGUCACUUACACGGGAUCAAACCCCGCUACACAGGGACCUACAAUGCUUACAGAAUUAUAGCCACAACAGAAAGCUUGUCAACUCUCUGGAAAGGGACGACCCCUAAUCUGAUGAGAAACGUCAUUAUCAAUUGUACAGAGCUGGUAACAUAUGACCUCAUGAAGGGGGCCCUUGUGAACAACCAAAUACUGGCAGACGACGUGCCCUGCCAUUUACUGUCAGCUCUUGUGGCCGGGUUUUGCACCACCUUCCUGGCCUCUCCAGCGGAUGUGGUAAAAACAAGAUUCAUCAACUCUCUACCUGGACAGUACCCGAGUGUACCCAGCUGUGCAAUGACCAUGCUCACCAAGGAAGGACCAACGGCUUUCUUCAAAGGGUUUGUGCCUUCUUUCCUGCGACUGGCGUCCUGGAAUGUCAUCAUGUUUGUGUGCUUCGAACAGCUGAAGAAGGAACUGACGAAGUCCAGGCAGACGGUGGACUGCACCACAUAACGAGCUUGGCGAAAGCGGUGGGGCGCAGCCGUGGUUCUUGUGCUGGAGACCAUGAGUAAAACCAACCAAACCAACCAAGCAAACAGCUUUAGUCACUGGGCUACUUUUAAAAAUCAUUUCUUGUACAGAGCUUUGAAACAAACUCCUUCUAAUUUUUCUAUAAGGGAAAACUAACACAUACACACCAUUUUCAUUCUCCCUGUCUUAAGGAGGAAAAGCAUA